AACCUGAUCGAGUCCAUUUGCCAAUUCACCACUCGCAUCACUUCCGGAGCAGUCCCCAGUUUCUGCUGCAGAGGAGACCACCCGAGCCAUGGCUGAGAGGAAGCAGAACGGGCGGCAGGGCGAGGAAGAAGAGGUGCCAGCCUUCUUCAAAAACCUGGGCUCGGGCAGCCCCAAGCCCCGGCAGAAAUUCUGUGGCAUGUUCUGCCCGGUGGAAGGCUCCCUGGAGAACAAGACCAUCGACUUCGACUCGCUCUCGGUGGGCCGGGGAUCCAACAAAGUCGUGGCAAAGCAGAAGGAUGUCGCCCACCUGGGUCCGGAUGCUCCGUCCGUGUAUUCCAGGCAGAGCGGGAAGGGAGGGGAACCAUCUGUUGAUUUCGGGAGAAAGGUGGAGAUCAGGAGUGCCACGGGGAAGGAGGCGCUGCAGAACCUGAAUGACAAGAGUGAUCGUCUCUUGAUCAAAGGUGGUAAAAUAGUUAAUGACGACCAGUCUUUUUAUGCAGACAUUUACAUGGAGGAUGGGUUGAUAAAGCAGAUCGGGGAGAACCUGAUUGUGCCCGGGGGGGUGAAGACCAUCGAGGCCCACGGCAGGAUGGUGAUUCCCGGCGGGAUCGACGUCCACACCCGCUUCCAGAUGCCGGAGCAGGGCAUGACGUCUGCUGAUGACUUCUUCCAAGGGACCAAGGCUGCCCUGGCCGGGGGCACCACCAUGAUCAUUGACCACGUGGUUCCCGAGCCAGGGACCAGUUUGCUGACAGCAUUUGACCAGUGGAGAGAAUGGGCAGACAGCAAAUCCUGCUGUGACUACUCCCUGCACGUGGAUAUCACUGAGUGGCAUAAAGGUGUCCAGGAGGAGAUGGAAGCUCUGGUUAAAGAUCAUGGUGUGAACUCCUUCUUGGUGUACAUGGCUUUCAAAGAUCGCUUCCAGCUCAGUGACUCUCAGAUCUACGAGGUCCUGAGUGUGAUCCGGGAUAUUGGCGCGACAGCCCAAGUGCACGCCGAGAACGGUGACAUCAUUGCCGAGGAGCAGCAAAGGAUCCUGGAACUGGGAAUCACAGGCCCUGAAGGGCACGUGCUGAGCAGACCUGAGGAGGUGGAGGCAGAGGCUGUGAACAGGGCAAUCACCAUCGCCAACCAGACCAACUGCCCCCUCUACAUCACCAAGGUGAUGAGCAAAAGCGCCGCUGAUGUCAUUGCUCAGGCCAGGAAAAAGGGCACUGUGGUGUAUGGAGAGCCCAUCACAGCCAGCUUGGGGACUGAUGGAUCCCAUUACUGGAGCAAGAACUGGGCAAAGGCAGCAGCUUUUGUUACAUCCCCACCACUGAGUCCUGACCCAACCACUCCUGAUUUUCUCAACUCACUACUGUCCUGUGGAGACCUCCAAGUGACUGGCAGUGCCCACUGCACCUUCAACACUGCUCAGAAAGCUGUUGGGAAGGACAACUUCACCCUGAUCCCCGAGGGAACCAAUGGGACUGAAGAGAGGAUGUCCAUCAUCUGGGAUAAGGCCGUGGUGACUGGCAAGAUGGAUGAGAACCAGUUUGUGGCUGUGACCAGCACAAAUGCAGCCAAAAUCUUCAACCUGUACCCGCGGAAGGGGCGCAUCGCCGUGGGCUCCGACGCCGACCUGGUCAUCUGGGACCCCGACAGUGUCAAGACAAUCUCUGCCAAGACCCACAACAUAUCCCUGGAGUACAACAUCUUCGAGGGCAUGGAGUGCCGUGGCUCUCCCCUGGUGGUCAUCAGCCAGGGCAAGAUCGUGCUGGAGGACGGCAACCUGCACGUCACCGAGGGCUCGGGGCGGUACAUCCCCAGGAAACCCUUCCCAGACUUCGUGUACAAGCGCAUCAAAGCCCGGAGCAGGCUGGCUGAGCUCAGGGGUGUCCCCCGAGGCCUCUACGACGGCCCCGUGUGCGAAGUGUCGGUGACACCGAAGACGGUCACGCCGGCGUCCUCAGCCAAGACCUCCCCUGCCAAACAGCAGGCACCCCCCGUGAGGAACCUGCACCAGUCUGGGUUCAGCUUGUCUGGGGCACAGAUCGACGACAACAUCCCGCGCCGCACGACCCAGCGCAUCGUGGCACCGCCGGGCGGACGUGCCAACAUCACCAGCUUGGGCUAAGGACCCUCCCCUCCUGUGCCCACCAGGCAAACCAGGGGGCCAGGGCACCUGGAGACCCUUCUUGAUUCUUUUAGAGCCUGUGACAGUUACUGCGGGCAACCAGUGAGGGGGGGCUGAAGUAAAAGCGCCUCUUUCAGUCCCCUCAGAUUUCCCUCCUCAUCCUCACCGACCCCCUCUCACUUCCCCCCUUACACAUUUAAAGAAAUAAACCCUGUUUUGGCACCUCUGACAUGCAAGAGUAAAUGUAAAGAGGGUAUUUGAGAUAUGUGGCCUCUGUCCCAUUCAGCAUCUUUCUUUUAAUAAAGGAAGGAUAAAGUGAAUUUCCCGGGAGCUGCCUUUAAGACACACACACACA